AUGGAGGUCGUUUUGUGUCAGGAGCUCUCAAUGAUAAUGACGGACCAUAUUCCGGCUCUAUCACUUGAAACUCCUCUAGCGCCCUUGCCACAUCUUCCACAAGAGCUGCGAGAGAUCAUCAUCAACUCCAUCCAUUGCAAAAAGACGCUCAAAUCCUGUGCACUCGCGGGCCAAUCGCUUCGGAUACCAGCGCAGCGUGCGUUGUUCAGAACGCUAACUUUGGAUAAAUCAACAACAAGAAAAGGCCAGAGGAUCCACGAACAGUUCGUCGCAUCGGCGCGCAUCGCCUCGUACUUGCGCAAGCUCGUCAUCUUCGUCCCCCGUCGGCUUGAGGCACAAAAAUCAAUCUGUAUUCUGCUGGAGACGAUUUUGCGGAUGCAGCUCCCAGUAUGCGAGAUAUUUGGGGACAGUUUUGGGUCGGAUAUCGACGCGGACGACGCCACUGCGGUGUGGAAGCCUCUAGCGACUCUGGUUGUCCGCCUUGCGCACCUUCCUAGCAUGUCGGUCGUCCAGAUUCAUCGGAGUUUCCGGUCGGAUGGGAUGCUCAUCAAGGGGAUCCUCUCGUCCACAUCUGUACAGACGCUAGUCAUCUGGAUUCGCGUGCCGCGAAGUGAACGGCCCCUUGCGGCACUCGUGUUUUCUCGGUCAGCACACACCGCAUGCCAAUUCGAUAGCUGCAUCCUUCCCCAUGGAGCUCUGACACCGCAUGUGCUAAGACUCCUGCGGGCAGUGCACCAGGAAGUGUUGCCGCGGCAUCUUCUGGUGGUAGGGAUUGACGGCAAUGAAUCGCCCCUGCACCUCCUCGGCUGCACCGCUCACGCAGUGCAGGAACUCACGCUCAUACCACGUGUUGGGAAUCUGAAUACGUUUUUGAGCCUACCCUGUCUCCCUAGCCUGCACACGCUUACGCUGCGUGCCUUCCUGGUGGCGGAUUCUCGUGAUCGAAGCCUUACUCUCAGCGUCCACCCAAUCUUCCUCGCGCUCAAAUCAUGCGGGGCUGCGAUGAGCCUCAAAUUCGUCAUUCUUAGCAUCCAAUCCGGUCCGCUUCGUUCUUCUCCAGAGAGCAAAACUUUCCCAGUGGAAGACUUCCGAUUGAUCGACGCCCCGAAUUUUCGGGCGUCAUUUCCCGCUUUGCGGAGCGUGGAAUGCACGCUUCAUGUCGAGGAACACCCCGGGGCGGUGCACGACUGGGAAACGACAGUUUCUGUGUUCAGGAAAACCAUGGAAGAUUCGUUUCCUGCGCUUCACCGCGCCGGUGUGCUGUGCUUCUCGAAGCCGAUGAAUCUGGAUGUAUACUCCUGGGAUGUGAUACUGGAUUAG